AUGUUUAUAGAUCAAUUUCCAUCAAAGUGUGGACCCGCAACUACCACUACCACCCCAGCCACAACAACCACUACCACUCCAGCACCCGAAACAACAUCUGUGGCAACAACAGUAACGACACUGACAACAACAAACAACUCUGGUGUUGGGCCGACUUCUACUAACACUUUCACGGCUUCUACUAACAAAACCAGCCUUUCUUCUACGCAAGCAGCUCCUGUCUCCACCACAGCAGUAAAACCUACCAGUUCCCCGGACUGGCAGACCCCAGUAAUAGCGGGUAGUGUGGCAGCGGUGGUAGUCGUGAUAGUAGUGGUGGUUACUGUGGUCCUCUGUAAGAGAAAGUCUAAACCUGCUAAUGAUUCAAUAUCUCAUUCAGCAGAACUGAGAGGUAGUGAUAGGCCUGAUGCUCACGCCAAAGGAGCACAUGUAAAUUCAGCAUUUGUUAACUCGGAUUACAGAGAAAUUGAUGAAAAACACUUCCAUGAGAAAGAAAUUUCUAACCGAUCCAGUCAGUCAGAAUCCAUGAAUCAGGGUUCCUUUGUCCCACAAAAUCCUAUCUCUAGUGACCCUGAUGCUGAUCAGACAAGAGAAACAUUUCCCUCUAAAUCUCGCGUGACGAUUCCAAGGCCAGAAGUUAAUUUGUCACGUAAUUCUACCGAGGAUCAGUUCUGGGAAGAAAGAUUGUAGCCACGUUUUCAAAAUGGUAAAUCUGGAAUCUAUUUCAUUGAAACAAAUUGGAAAAUAAUAAUAUUGCAUUUUAAACAGAAUUCUAAAUAAUAUAAUUAAAGAUUGAUCAUCAUAUUUCUUUUCAAAACUUGCUUGCUUAUUUGAUGUAUAAGCACUUUGCCUGUAUACAUUAUAUAUUAGCUGUAAUUAUCUCCUAAAACAGAAAAGCUUCCUAAUAAUUAACUUUUUGAUCCAUUUCAUAUCACUUUUAGUAACUAGAGUUUUUCCUCCUUCUGUAGGUCCGACCACUACCACUCCGACCACUACCACUCCGACUACUACCACUCCGACCACUACCA